CGUGUGACACGGUCGACGGUGGAGUCGCCCUGCAGUUCCUUUUAAAUGUGUGCCUCCCGUCGACAUCCGUCCUGACUGACGUGCGCGUUUUUCUAUAGUGCCUUUUGAUAUGUCAAAGUGUCAAUAAGACGACUGCGGAGUAAUAAAUCUUUGAACGAAGAAAAAAAUCUUAUUCAAUCGAGUCUUUUUGUGUGUUGUUUAAGGGAUAACUCUUUACUUAAAACUGACACGAGCUUAAGAUACUUAUCGGAAAUCUUUUCGAAAAGUUACAGAUAAAUAAUUGACUUACUGUAUGUAUUUGAUAUCCUCCUUGUUUAUCAUACUUAUUCAAUUAGCAUUAUUGUAAUUAAUGAAAACUGACUUUACAAACAACUAUUUUAUUUUAUUUACAUUAUUUAACUCUCAUCUAUAUUAUCAUCUAUAUGCUCAUCAUAAGAUUUUAUUCGUCUUUACAUUCUUACGCAUUGUCUUUGAAAACUGACUUUACACUUGCUCCAUUCUAUUUUAUUUUAUUUGUUAUUUAAUUUUCAUCUACAUGCUCAUCAUGAGAUUUUAUUUGUCUUUACAUUCUUACGCAUUGUUUUUUAAUUGUAGGUUUAAUUUGAGACCUGUCGCUGGUAUCUAACCAUGAUGCCAAGUUUACGGAAGAAAGUUGCCGGUUUCAUGCGCCAAUUGUCUAUCAGCAAUUUGGCUGGGGCGGUGGAAAGUAUAGGCCUCGGGGAACCACUUCGAAGCCCGCAGUCAUUAACUCAGGAUUUUCCUGGCGGCUGUUUCAUCACACGCUACCUCAACGGGCUUGAAACGAAACAAGAAGGACCACCAAUUUUACACGGCCGUAAUCCGGAAGAAUUGCCGAGCAGGCAGAUCGACGUUUCUCAAGAGAAUGAGGAAAUAUUUGCAGCCUACACUGGUCCCGACAGUGGUCUUACCGCGGUCAAUCUUCAGCAGAAACAUUUAAGUAUUAACGAUACCGAUAUUGAUUACAUUGAUAUGCUAGAUCAAAAUGAGCAAUACAGAAGUGGAUCAACAACAUCAAAUGUCACAAUCGCUGGAGUUACCGACUGGUUUAAUUCUCAUGAAAAUGCAUACGGAAUUGCGACCACACUUUAUGAGAAAAAUCCUACAAAUGAUACGAACAAUGGAGAGCCAAUAGCUGAUUGUUUUGGCAUUAUAGCAAGACCAAACUCUGCCAUAUUGGCUCUUGCAGAUGGUGUCAAUUGGGGUGCAAAAGCGAGUAUAGCAGCCAGAUCUGCAGUUCAUGGAAGUAUAGAGUAUUUGAACCAGGCCCUAUUCAGUCCGUCUAUAAAUAGUGAAAUGACAACGACAAAGGAUGUAUUCAUAGCGUUACUUCGAUCAUUCCAUGCGGCACAUUCGUUAAUACUUCAGGAGCAAGGAAUGCUUACCACCUUGACGGUAUGCACGAUCCUUCCACUGCCAAGUUCGAGUACCGAUACAAAUAUACGCCAGAGAAAAUAUAUUGCCUGUACCUGUAACGUUGGUGAUAGUUUAGCUUAUGUAUAUUCAGGGAAAACUGGGGUGAGAGAGAUAACGCGAGGCUCUCACGAUAUUCAUUGUAUGCGAGACAUGCGAGAUGCCUUGGGAGCUCUAGGUCCAGUGGACGGCUCUAAUCCCGAAUUGAAUAACCUAACGCUGGCCCUAACGGAGGUCGAGAGGGGCGACAUAGUGUUCUUGACGAGCGACGGGAUCUCGGAUAAUUUUGAUCCUGUGGUGGGAAAAUUUGCAGUUUUACCGAAUCACAGCGGCGGCGGCGGCGCCGACGACGCGCGAUCAAAGACGCGCCGAAGAUCCACGGAAAACCUGCGGCAUACCGAGUCGAGCAACAGUAACGUGAACAGCAACAAUCUGCCGGUAGUUGAGGCUUAUCAAAGGCACGAGCUCACCCUACUCAGAAUAGAGGAUCUGCUGAGACGCGGGGUUUCCGGAGAAGGGCCGCCGUGCAACAGUGCCAAACAUCUGUGUGAACUUCUCUUGGACUUUGCGGUACGUAUAACUGCGGCGAAGAGGCGGAUUCUGGAAGACACGGAAUUGUAUUACGCGCAACACAAAGAUGGCCACCUCGUGCAGCUCUCGAAGCAGGAACAGAGAUCUCGAAGAAAAAAGACACUGGAGAAGAUAUCGAUGAUACCCGGCAAGCUAGACCACGCGACGGUCGUAGCAUACGUAGUCGGAUCCUAAAUUCCGUCAAAGUGUAAUUAAUGAUAGAGAGAAUAUAGUUUUUAUUCGUAUAUAUUAUAAAAAUUAAUAGAUUAAACUUUCUAUAUUGUAACAUUCUUACGUAGCCUUUUAAAUAAAAGGCGAAUAUAUCUUUUACAAGCCA